UCUUUUCAUUCGUUCAAUUUUACGUCAAAACUCGAUUAAAGGGCGAAUGGGUUUGUCAUCGUCUUAAUAAAAUAAAUAUUUGUUUUCUCUUUAUUCUCCUUCAAAUUAGUGCGUGUUCCACUCAAUUAUUACCUUAAUAAGCUUGCCUUACGUUUAAUCAUCUCCGGAAUACGUUUACAAUGCAAGACACAAGACCCGAGUUAUACGAAGAGGUUAAGCUCUAUCGCAAUGCCAGAGAGCGUGAAAAGCAUGAUAACAUGGCAGAAUUAUACGCUGUAGUUAGUACACUUCAGCACCUCGAGAAAGCUUAUAUGAGGGACUUGGUCCGGGCUCAAGAGUACACUGCGGCGUGUAGCCGUCUGCUGGUGCAGUACAAGGUCGCGUUUAAGCAGGUGCAAGGGACGGAGUUUCCUAAUAUUGAGGCCUUCAUUACUAAGUUCAGAUUAGACUGCCCGGCUGCGCUGGAGCGGAUAAGAGAGAACAAACCCAACCUCAUCAAGGAUGACAAGGGCAACACCAACAAAUACAUUGCUGAGAUUGUAUCGCUGUUCAUCACCUUGAUGGACAAGCUUCGUCUAGAGUUCCGCGCCAUGGACAUGAUCCAGCCCGAGCUCCGGGACCUGCGAGACACCAUGGACCGUCUCAUGAUGCUGCCGGAGGACUUUGAGGGGAAACUGAAGGUCCAAGAAUGGCUGGACAAGCUGUCAGAGAUGUCGGCCUCGGACGAGCUGUCCGAGGCCCAGGGCCGACAGCUCAUCUUCGACCUGGAGACGUCGUACCAGGCCUUCAACAAGUUCCUGCAUAAGGACUGAAACUAUAAUGUAUCUCACGGAGCUCAAAAGUGUUGUGUAUUUCAUACUCAAGUAGCUUCACUAUAUCUAUUAAUUAUAAUUAUCAUACACAAUGUAUUAAAGAAAUGGGCACCAACACCAAUCGAAUAAUCGCUAUCUCAAUAAGUUUCAAAAUUAAACUGUUUAUAGGGACCAUGCGCGUUGGAGGCUCUGCCAUCUUGUGGCCUGAAUCAGAAAUACAUGUACAUUGCCAAAGCAAGUGCUACCAUCUACCGUUCUUAUCGGUACGUUUCCUUGUGCAUAGUAGAGGUUCUGCCAUCUUGGGGGUCAUCCAUUAAUUACAUCACACGUUUAGGGGGAGAGAGGGGGUCAAGAAAAUGUGACAUAUUGUGACAUGGGGGAGGGGGAGACACAAACUUUGUGACGUCACUUUAACUUCAUCAGUAACCGAAAAUUUAUUUACUUAAAUUAUUUUAUUCGCUGUACAUUUAAAUAACAAGUUAUUAAGACGAUAAUCGUUUUUAUUCGUUUAAUUUUCUUUCCUAAGCAGUUUUAGGUUAUAAAAUUACAAAUAUUUAUAUCGACAAAAAUAUUUUGACAAAAUAUUAAUAAUACUUAGGUACCUACUUAAUUCGAUUUGGCGAUUUCGUAGAAAAAAUGUGACGUCACACUAGGGGGGAGGGGUUUGCUAAAUGUGACCAAGUGUGACAAGGAGGGGGGAGGGGUCAAAAAACCUAGAAAUUCGUGUGACGUAAUUAAUGGAUGAUCCCUUGUGGGCUACAUCGGAAGCAUAAACGACACAUUUACGGCUCUCGCCAAAAAUCUGACGGCUCCUAUGCUGCCCCCUAUAGAUCAUGCACGGGGCCUAUACUUCGUUUAUUCAGCAUUAGAAAAAGGUUAUAUAAUUUUCUCCAAUAUGCUCGGAAAUGUUCACCUUACUGUAGCAAAAAUACUACGGGAAGUUCUUCGUUAAUGUCAAACUCUAAUUAAAAAACAUCAAACUAUCGCUGUCCUGUUCUAGCGGACGGGAAGUAAAAAAACACUACAGUAAUAACUUAUUACUGUAGUGUUUUUUACUUUUUAAUAAAAAAAAUGCAAACGGCCAAUUAUUAUUGCCGCGAGCCGCUUCUACACGACCCGAUCAGCUAUCAUUUCACGUGUAUGGUCGUGCGAAUACUGCUUAAUAAAAUCAAAGAUUAUUUUUAUAUUUUUUUUAAAUCUCAUCCGUGUUCAUAAAGCUUAUAUAGUUUGUCAAAGGACUUUCUCAUUUCAAACAUAGACAAAGAGAAUCAUACUAUCUUUGUCUUACACUAGUACUAGCACCCAAAAGAAAAGGAUGGGUAUAGUUUUCCUGGUUCUUACUGACUGAAAAGUUGGUUUGACCAACUAUAUUGCACAAUUAUAUUGAAUGAACGAAUACUGAAUGGCAGAAUAAGUUUGUAACUUUAACUUUUAAAAAAUAAUUAAAGAGGGAAAUUGUUUUUGACAUUUUGGAUGUGAAGGUUUGAUUUGAGUGAUGCUUGAUGGUUAAAUAAUAAUUAUUUUAGCUUAUUUCCUCGCAUGUUUGGAGAAAAGCACUAUAUAUGCCUCGGCAGGAAUAGCAAUUCGUGGAUUCGACAAAAUCGAAACUCAUCCACGAAUUGCCCUUUCCCGGCCUCUGCAAUAAUGUACUAAUACUGAAUGUAUUUUUUGGGAUAUGCAAAAUUUUAAGGAGUGCCCUUGUAGUAAAAGUAAUGUGUUUGGAUUACACAAAUUAAUGUGGUUUUAUUUUUUAAUUUAAUUUUAAACGUAAUACUUUUAUCAUAUCGAUUAGUAAUUUACGAAUGUAUAGGUGCAUAUAUUAAAUACUUCAGUUACGUAUUCAAAUAUGUUAUACUAUAUCAACUAUAUCGACAAUACCAUGUGUUUAUAAGAUAAUUAAGUGAUUUUAAAUUAAAAUUUGUAAACCUGA